ACUGCGUGGGCCCUUGGAAGUGGGGCUUCUCUGGAACGCUUUCUAGGCAUUUACCAAUGAGGAUGUCGCGUUCCUUUUGGUCCCGCCCCCCUCCCCUCAUAGCAGCCGGCCAGAGGCAGUAUCACCAUGGCCAGCAGCAUGACUGACAGCCAUCGUCGAUUCCUUCAGGUACUGAUGUCUAAUGGAAUAAUAGAUGCAGCUGAGGCAAGGAGGCUACACAGAUUUUUCUGUGAGCAGCAUAAAGUGUACUAUGCGCAUGACAAAUUGGAUGACUUCAUUGGCAUUAUUAACACAUUUCUACGUCCAUUGUUUAUGGAAAUCAGGAAAGGACGCUCGGAAGAUAACGGGAAGAUAUUUUAUGCUUUGGUGAAUCUUGCAAUAACAGAAGCUACCAAAGUGGCAUCUGACUAUGCAGAAAAUGAAUUGGAAUUAUUUAAAAAAACUAUGGACUUGAUUGUUGAAUCAGAAAAUGGCUAUGCAUCAUCCACCAAUAUUUUAAACCUGUCAGACAAACUUCAGAGCAAAAAAAUGAGGAAGAAAGAAGUGGAACACGUACUCCAGAAGUUUGUUCAGGACAAGUGGCUUUCAGAAAGACAUGGUGAAUAUACUUUACAUACUCGCUGCAUCAUGGAAUUGGAUCAGUAUAUAUGUGAGACUUACCAAGAUGUCAAAAAGUGCAACAUCUGCCACAGCCUUGCCAUUCAGGGUCAGUUCUGUGAAACCUGUGGAAUUAAAAUGCAUUUACCUUGCACUGCAAAGUAUUUCAAAUCUCAGCCUGAACCACGUUGUCCUCAUUGUAAUGAUAUUUGGCCUCAUGAUACAAGAGAUUUAGUUCAGCCAGAUUCCCAUUUGUCACCCAGGAUCCCAAGAACAACUAGAAGAGUCUCAUCUUCAGAAACAAAGUGAUGUUAAGAAUGCAGUAUUAAAUCAGGAUUUUCUACACUGGAGUUAAUGUUAAGAUAUGUUCAAAAAGAUAAAAUGUGUUAAGUGGUUCUAUUUUGAACUAAUUAAUUCAUUUUAAUAGUUUUAUAUCAAUUAAGCCUUGCUUAUUUGUAUUGACUUACUAAUAAUCUAAGUAAAAUAAUUUUAAUGAGCUGA